CAUAAUGGAGACGCUAUUAGAGCAGCAGCGUCGCUACCAUGAGGAACGCGAGCGUUUGAUAAAACUAAUGGUCGAUGAGCAUGCAACGAAAAAAGCCGGGGAGAAGGAGCGCAUACACAGUGAGCACCGGCUAAAGUAUUUAAUGGAACUUUACCACAAUGCUACCACCCAGCUUCGCGAGCUGUAUGAGGACAAGGAUAAUGAACGAAAGGCUGAGAUUGCGGCGCUGUCCGGACCAAAUGAGUUCAAUGAGUUUUAUGCGCGUUUGAAGCAAAUUAAACAGUUCUACAAAUCCCAUCCAGCCGAGGUCAGCGUUCCCCUCUCAGUUGAGUUUGAAGAGAUGAUCAAGGUCUACAAUAAUCCCGACGAAAUGAGCGCUCUUGUAGAAUUCACCGACGAAGAAGGCGGCGGGCGGUACUUGGACCUAAACGAAUGCUACGAACUUUACUUGAAUUUGCGUGGUGUCGAAAAACUGGACUACAUCACGUAUCUCAUGUCCUUUGACCAUGUCUUUGAUAUACCCCGUGAGCGUAAAAACCGCGAAUACCGCAAGUACAUUGAGACGCUUAAUAAUUAUCUACACAGCUUCAUAAUGCGCAUUCAACCGCUCCUAGACCUUGACAGCGAGCUAGUUAAAGUGGAGCUUGACUUUCAGCGCCAAUGGCUGCAAGGCACCUUCCCCGGUUGGUCGUUGAAGGAGACAGAAUCGGCACUCGCCAACACGGGAGCGCAUUUGGAUCUCUCCGCCUUUUCAAGCUGGGAAGAGCUGGCUUCGCUUGGCUUGGAUCGUCUUAAAUCCGGCUUGAUUGCCUUGGGGCUCAAAUGCGGAGGCACCUUGGAGGAAAGGGCUCAACGUCUAUUUACAACCAAGGGAAAGACCACUUUGGACCCCGCGCUGAUGGCUAAGAAAACAACAGCGAAAAGCGCCAAUGCACAAACACGCGAGAAUCAGCGAAAUAAGGAAAUCGCACAGCUGGAAGCGUUGCUCUAUAAAUACGCCGAGCUGCUGUCCGAGCAACGGGCGGCAACCAAGGAGAAUGUACAGCGUAAGCAAGCACGCACUGGAGGCGAGCGAGACGACAGCGACAUCGAGGCUAGCGAAUCGGACAACGACGAUGAUCCCGAUGCAGAUGAUGUGCCCUUCAAUCCCAAGAAUUUGCCUUUGGGCUGGGAUGGCAAGCCCAUACCCUACUGGCUCUAUAAGCUGCACGGCCUGAAUAUCAGCUACAAUUGUGAAAUUUGUGGCAACUUUACCUACAAAGGACCCAAAGCGUUCCAGCGGCACUUUGCCGAGUGGCGGCACGCGCACGGAAUGCGCUGCUUGGGCAUACCGAAUACGGCGCAUUUUGCGAAUGUUACGCAGAUCGAAGAUGCGAUCACAUUGUGGGAGAAGCUCAAAUCGCAAAAGCAGAGCGAACGCUGGAUCGCUGACCAGGAGGAGGAGUUCGAGGACACACUCGGCAAUGUGGUCAAUCGCAAGACAUUCGAGGACCUUAAGCGACAAGGAUUGCUCUAAGACAAACUAUGCAAUUUACGUCACUAAAAAUUUUUGUUU